ACAUAUCCCCCUCCCUCUUUAUUCUCUUUCCCUCCUCUCAUCUCUGUUUUGAUCAACACCGUCUCUCCAUCUGAAUUCUAGGGUUUCCAUUUCCCUGUUUUAAUGGGUCCCUAGCAGUGUCCUCCAUCUGCGCAGGAUUGGAUUCCCCCCUGCAAGCCCAUCUUCAGGAGCUUUCCCAAUGUCUUCAAUGGAGGAUCAUACAAAGCAUUAAUGGUGAUGAAGAGAGGAAGAAGUAUGGGAAGAUUCUAGUUCUGCAUCAAUGUUUAAUGUUCGAAUCCAAAAGUAACUGAGCCAUCACUCAUCGAUCACCGAAUCGGUUGGUCCCUGACUCAUAGAAAGCAUCACAUAACCGCACGCACUCUUGUAUUUCUUGAGGUAAGCUCUCGAGACUCUGAUAGAUACUUCGAUCAUCCGCGUUCCAUCGCUUUCGGUCCGACCCAAACUGAACCCAAAAAAAUAAAAAAAAAAAAAUAAAAUCCAUCUCCCCGCUCACUACGUGUAUAGUCUUGUUUGAGUUUGAUAUUCAGCCCAUAUGAUGGGCCAUGUACUGUACGGAUGGGCCCAUAUAGAAUGGGCUUGAGUUCGGCCCAUCGCAGCAGCUACUGAGACUAUCGGCUCUCUCGCUUUCCUGUCGGACCUGCCUCUCUCCCAGCUCAGCUCUGCAGACUCGAAGCGCAAACUCUUCCGCAUCCGGCAAUCGCUUCGCCGUCGCCCAGCUGAAUUGACCCACUUUAUUCUCAUCGGAAAAGAAUGGAAGAUGACGGCGGGCCACGGCCGAGGGGCGACAAGUUGGUACUGAGGGGUCUGAUGUUCCACGGGUUCCAUGGCGCCAAGGAAGAGGAGAGGAAGCUGGGGCAGAAGUUCUUGGUGGACAUCGACGCUUGGAUGGAUCUUCUUCCUGCCGGGAAGUCAGACUCCUUGUCCGACACCGUCAGCUACACAGACAUCUACCGAAUAGCGAAACAAGUCUUGGAAGGGCCUCCCCACAAUCUGCUCGAGUCAGUGGCGGAGCUCAUCUCCUCUACCACUCUGUCCAAGUUCCCUCAGAUAUCCGCCAUUCGGGUGAAGGUCGGAAAGCCCCAUGUCGCAGUCCCCGGCCCUCUGGACUACUUGGGUGUCGAGAUCACCAGACACCGAACCACCAGCAGCGGCAAGUCGAGCUAAGAUUGGAUUGCUUACUGCUUUGUUGCAUUCUCGUGAUAAACCGAUGAUGUCUUUCUAUGUGAAUGACACUACCAUAUGAAUUUCCAAAUUUGUUAUUUUUUCAUGUUUGCGAGCAUUCCGAAGAUUAUUAUGCA